UUUUUAAAUAAUGAGAAAUUAGUUCUUCGAUGUGAAAUGUUCAUUUUUCAGUGUUUCUAUUAAAACAAUGAAAUCUUAAUCUUCUAUCAAAUGGGCUGUAAUUUCAAAUGUUUUAAUGUAAACUGUUCACUGAUUAUGGUUGUAGUGGGUUGGUCUGAAUUGCAGGAUUAUUAAGGUCUGGAAAAGUUGUAGCCUGAGAUGGACCAACUAUCAGAGGCCAAACUUGAAGAGAGGUCUUUUAUCAUAAUAUGAGGAGAAGAUAUGUGGAUGAAGAGGUGUGCAUGGAAGAUGAGAAGACGAUCUUCAUGUCCCUCGAAACUUCGGGAAGCUCGAUGAUUCGUCUAUGUUUCGCAAACAGGCAGUGACACAUUUGGGCAGGGCUUAGAGAGGCAGACCCCAUAUGGUGUAUGCCUACACCAACAUGACCAAGGUGGUUAGCCCUGCCGGCUGGAGCGACGAUAACCACCCUGAAUGUAACAACAAUGUGGCCUGUGAAGAGUACAAGCGCAUGGGUCCAGGUUCAAGAACAUAUAAUGAGAGAAAUUUGAGCAAAGAACUGACUAACAAACAAGUCAAGUUUUUCAUUAGCCUUGGAUAUAUUCAGGAGGAGGAGGAACUGAGGCUAAAGUACCUCCAAUUUGUUCAAGAGGACGCUCAUGCCGCAGUUUGCUUCACAAACUUUUACUGUUAGCUUCUAUACAGUAUGUUGUAUGUUUCGGGAUAUCUUUACAUCUUAAUUUCUACUCUCAGGUUUUUGAAAGUUUGUAAUUUUACUUGCUAUUGCUACUUGAUUAUAAAAAUGUAAAACAAAAUCUGUACGUGAUUUAUAAAUUUGUAUUUGAUUUUAGAUGUUUUUCCAGUGUAAGGCAUAUGUUGCACAUGCAUGUAAAUGGUACAAAUUGUUUUGGUUUUGGACAAUAAGCUUUUGAGUUUUACAACCCUUGCAAUGGGAUUGUGACUCCAACAAAUUUAGUGUUGGGGGAUAAAGUUUGGUUCUUAAUACAUAAUAUAACAAAGGCCUAGAAACCUUCAAGGAAUAUGCAAAUGUUUUUUGCGCAUCUUGGCCUGCAGUUUGUGUGAAGGGGCAUUAGUGUGUUAUCUGCAUUGGUGCAUUUGAGGGUGUGAUUCU